AUGUCGAAUCUCUGCACUUCUUCUAACACUACUACUUCUUCAACUUUCAAUUUCAACAUUCAACCUCUCAAAUUCAACAACUCAACAAGGAAACAUCGCAGCAGAAAUUUUCGGGUCAAAAUGUGCUCCUCCGUUCCUCAAAACGCCACCGUUGUUGGUUGUGGAUCGCUGACCGUCGAUUUCUUGGCUACCGUUGCUGCCUAUCCUAAGCCUGAUGACAAAAUCAGAACCACCACCUUGAAGGUUCAAGGAGGUGGCAAUGCAGCCAAUGCUUUAACCUGUCUCGCUCGAUUAGGUCUAAACACGAGGCUCAUUUCUAAGGUUGCAGAUGACAGCCAAGGCAGGGGUAUGUUAGAUGAGCUACAAGUUGAUGGUGUAGAUACAUCCUUUAUUGUGGUAUCUAAAGAGGGAAUUUCACCAUUUACAUAUAUUAUUGUGGACAACGAAACGAAAACUCGUACUUGUAUACAUACCCCUGGAUAUCCUCCAAUGAUACCCCAAGAUCUUUCAGAAUCGAGUUUGUUAUCUGUAUUGGAUGGAGCAAGCAUUGUAUAUUUUGAUGGGAGGUUGUAUGAAACUGCUCUAGUUGUUGCCCGUGAGGCAGCUAGGAAGAAUAUACCCAUCUUAAUUGAUGCAGAAAGACCAAGGGAAGGGUUGGAUGAUCUCCUGAAAUUAGCUGAUUAUGUUGUAUGCUCAGCGAAGUUUCCAAAGGCAUGGACAGAGGCAUCAACUGUUCCACAAGCACUUAUUUCUAUCCUUUUAAGGCUGCCCAACGUAAAAUUUGUGGCUGUAACUUUGGGAAAAGAUGGUUGUAUAAUGCUUGAGCGAAGUGUUAAUGUAAGUCUUUCCACGGAAGAAGUGGAUAUAGACAGCUUAUUGGAGUCACUGGAGUUAAGAAAGGAUAAGAGUGCACCCGUUCCAACCUGCAUAUCAUCGUCAGUUGCAAAAUUGAAGGCAGAAGGAAUAGGAACGGUUACCGGGAAACUAUACAUUGGUACAGCUGAGAGCAUUCCACCAUCAGAGCUUAUUGAUACCACUGGUGCUGGCGAUGCAUUUAUUGGAGCUGUAAUCUACGCUAUUUGUUCGAAGUUCUCACCAGAGACUAUGCUACCCUUUGCUGCUAAUGUGGCUGGUGUGAAAUGCAGGGAUCUAGGAGCACGAAGUGGUCUUCCAUACCGUGCAGACCCACGUUUAGCAUCAUUUAUUAAGUAG